CAGAAAUUUUGGUGCCAUUCCCCGUUUCUAAAAUCAAAUCCAAAUUCUGUCUAUCGCAUAGAAGAGAAAAUAAGCGAAAGAGAAAUUCCUCUUUAUCAUUUCGAAACCUCACUCUCCAUUAAAACAUUCGAAACUCCUCGAUAUUUUAUAGUAAUUUUGUUGCUUCGUUUCUGUGUGGUUAGGGUUCUUUUUGUUCAAACCUGCGGAGAUCUAGCUUUUUAGUGACAAAAAUGCCUGUCAAUCUCACGCGCAACGCUAUUUCCAUGAUCAACAGUGGCGAUGUUAACUCCAGGCCGUUGGUUCAGGUGAUGGACAUUAAGCUGAUUGGCAGCUCUCAGGAGAGGUACCGGUUUCUGUUAUCCGAUUCCGAGUCCACUCAGCAUGCAAUGCUCGCCACUCAGCUCAAUGAACAAGUCAGGAGCGGACGAGUCAAGAAAGGAUCUAUAAUUCAGUUGAUAGAUUACAUUUGCAGCACCGUUCAAAAUCGCAGGAUUAUUGUUGUGCUGAAUAUGGAGACUAUAAUUUUAGAGUAUGAAAUUAUCGGGAACCCGAAACUUAUUACUGGAUCUGAACCGGAACCUAACAAGUCAAUGCCUAAUAACAAUUUGGAGCCUUCUGUGAGGUCCACCAAUAAUAGAUAUAGCGCUCAAGCUCCUGCUAAUAAUGCCCAGAGUUUCCGGCCGACUAUUCAACCCGCAUACCAGCCACCUCCAAAUUACAAAAUUCAGGGACCAAUAAUGAAAAAUGAGGCCCCAGCGCGGAUAAUUCCUAUUGCUGCUUUAAAUCCUUAUCAGGGACGUUGGGCUAUCAAGGCUCGUGUGACUGCAAAAGGGGACCUUCGUCGCUACAACAAUGCUAGGGGAGAUGGGAAAGUCUUUUCCUUUGACCUCCUUGAUUCUGAUGGAGGUGAAAUACGCGUGACCUGCUUCAACACAGUUGUUGACCGCUUCUACAGUGUCAUUGAAGUUGGUAAAGUUUACUUGAUUUCCAAGGGUAGCUUGAAACCUGCAAAAAAGAAUUUCAACCAUUUAAAGAACGAGUGGGAGAUAUUCUUGGAGUCAAAUUCAAGUGUGGAGCUAUGCUCUGAUGAAGAUGGCUCUAUUCCAAGACAACAGUUCUCCUUCAGACCUAUCAGUGAAAUUGAGAGUGCUGAAAAUGAUUCUAUACUUGAUGUUAUUGGUAUUGUGAUAUCCGUUAACCCUUCAGUUCCUAUUUUGAGAAAGAAUGGUAUGGAAACUCAGAGACAAAUCCUGAAUUUGAAGGAUGCAUCUGGGAAGAGUGUUGAGGUAACUCUUUGGGGUGAUUUCUGUAACAAGGAAGGUCAAAAGCUGCAAGGGAUGGUUGACUCGGGGGUUUUCCCAGUUUUGGCAGUUAAAGCCGGAAAGGUCAAUGACUUCAAUGGAAAGUCCAUUGGCACUAUUUCUUCCACACAGCUCUUUAUAGAUCCAGAUGGUCCAGAAGCUCAGGGCCUGAGAAACUGGUUUGAAAGUGGGGGUAGAAAUACUACUUCUAUCUCUAUUUCUAAAGAAAUUAUGCCAGGAGGAUCAAAAAAUGAGAUACGUAAAACCUUAGCUCAGAUCAAGGACGAAGGUCUUGGAAGAUCCGAUAAGCCAGAUUGGGUCACAGCCAAGGCGACUGUAGUUUUCAUUAAAACAGAUAAUUUCUGCUAUACAGCCUGCCCUUUGAUGAUUGGAGAUAGACUGUGCAAUAAGAAAGUGACACAAUCCAGUAAUAAAAGAUGGCUUUGUGACCGAUGCAACCAAGAAUUUGAGGAAUGUGAUUUCAGAUAUCUUCUCCAGGUCCAGAUUCAAGACCAUACAGGACUGACUUGGGUAACAGCUUUCCAGGAAUCCGGCGAAGACAUCUUGGGAUGCUCGGCAAAGGAAAUGUAUUUGUUGAAAUACGAACUGCAGGAUGAUAUCCGAUUUGGUGAAAUUAUUCGUAGCAGACUCUUUCAUCAAUACCUGUUCAGGCUUAAAAUCAAAGAGGAACUUUAUGGUGAUGAACAAAGGGUAAAGAUCACCGUGGUGAAGGUUGACAAGGUAAACUACACCGCAGAAAGCAGGUACCUUCUCGAUACGGUAACAAAGAAAAUUCCAAUUAAAAAACAAUUCUGAACGCUAAGUAAUGAUUUAGUAGCUGUAGCUUGGAUUCAAUUUAGUUGGUUAACAUUUCUCCGGCAUUAUCGGUUUACAUAAUUGCUUUUAAUGAUUCAGAUUCUGAGUGUUAUUUAGAUCAAAUAUUUGUAGAGACCUUUCAUGAUUGUAUAGUGGCUAUAAUUCUGGGUUUUCUUGA